GCAUGCAACGCAUCAGCAAAAAAGACGCGUCGGUAGUUUGAUAAGUCGUUGUGUUUUUGUGUGAGGGCAGCAUAUUUUCAGUAUGCUGCUGUUCUAAAGUGAUAAUUUUAAUUUUCGACCCUCCGUUUACGCGUUUUAUUUUUUUUUAUUUCGUACCGGAUUUCGCGAAGAACUAUAAUUGACAGAUCGUGUUUGACUAACCAUGAAAAGCCCGAAGAAAAGAUUGUCUGAACCUCCGAAAAAGUUGAUUGCCGUUGUAUCUCCCCAGAGAAGGAAAAGUGUGAAGGAACCCAUGGGUUUAGCACACAGUUCUUUCAGCGAUGAGGCUCUGAAGAAACCAGUAGCUGCCGCGGUUUCAUUGGCAGCUGGAAAAUCGACACCCACUAAAGCUGUCAUCAAAAGCACACCGAAAGCCAAAGCUUCUGCUGCAAAAAUCAAAUCCAUCGGAGAUGUUGCUAAAGUAACACCAGUGAAAACCACCCCUAUUAAGGCUGCACCACUAAAAUCCACACCAUCCAAAGCCACCCCUAAAGUUGUGCCAGUCAAGAAAACUCCAGCAAAAUCUGCUGUCAAAUCAACUCCAGCAAAAGCAACCCCCCAAAAAGUUGUCGCAGCCAAAGCCUCUCCUGCAAAGGCUACGCCAUCAAAAACUGUUCAAGCAAAACCUACUCCCGCUAAAAAAUCGCCUGUCAAAGCAACUCCGAGUAAGGUUGCUCCAGCCAAACCGACACCCAGUAAAGUGGUCGUUUCAAAAUCCGUUCCUACCAAAGCUGCUCGAAUGUCUACAAAAAUACCUGUUCCUAAAACUUCCCUCAUGGGUAAACCCAGUGCUGUGUCAAGGAAGUCGCAGCCUGCCCCAGGUGUAAGCAAAGAAAAAGCAGUCACAAAAGUGACCCCUGUCAAAGCAGCCGUUGGGCCCAAGGUCAUCAGUCCUUUGGCCAAAAGCGCUAAGAAAGCCUCACCCAAGAAAUCUACUCCAAAAAAAUCAUCCCCCGCAAAAUCGCCAUCCAAGUCGCCUCGACUUUCAUUCACACCUAAAAUAGCCCUUCGAUCCCCAGAUGUCGGCAAACCGUCCCCGAAAGGCUCGGCUAAAAAGGCAGCUCAACGAAAACCUCCGCAUCCAGCUGUCAAAGCCAUAUUAGAAGACGUUUUUGGUCCCAAUAUUUCGGGGAUAUCAGCUCUUGAAAUGUCUGCACUCUCAACUCCAGGGAGCUCACCCAAAACUCCUGCGUCAAAAACUCCGAAGAAAGUGAAAACUCCCGCAAGUUCAGGAAAGAGGAAAAGUUCAAUUAAGCCUGAGAAAAGACCGUAUACUGUCAUAACAUCACCGAUCACCCCUGUAGAGGGGCCACCCUCUACCAAAAAACAGAGGAGUUCUCAGACUCCGAGAUCAGCUGCUGCUACCCCAGCUUCUAAGACACCAGCUAAAACUCCCAAGUCUUCCAAAGCAAAAACGCCUGCUUCUUCAGCCAAAUCGAAAGUCUCAACCCCUGCUCCAGUUCUGGCCUCGCCUAAAGUGUCAGUAACUCCUAAAUCUGCUGCUAAAAAGAUAAAAUUCUCGCCGCCGAGUCCCAAAUCAGCCCCCAAAACACCAAAAUCAGUAUCCAAGACUCCUAAACCUAAGGCUGCCACUCCAGCAACGCCGAAAACCUCAGCGACUAAAACACCUAAAGCAACCCCUGUUAAAACGCCAGCAAAGCAGGCUAUAACACCCAAGUCAGCCAGAUCCUCCCGUGCAACUCCUGCCAUUACACCCAAGAAAUCCCCGGCAAAGACGCCUAAGGCAGCCGUUGCUACACCGAAGGCAACCCCAGCAAAAACACCUGCAGCCAAGGCAACCCCAGCAAAAACACCUGCAGCCAAGGUAACUCCAGCAAAAACACCUGCAGCCAAGGUGACCCCUGUGAAAACUCCUGCAGCCAAGGCUACACCAGCGAAAACACCUGCAGCCAAGGCUACACCAGGGAAAACACCUGCAGCCAAGGCUACACCAGCAAAAACACCUGCAGCCAAGGCUACACCAGCAAAAACACCUGCAGCCAAGGCUACACCAGGGAAGACACCUGCAGCCAAGGCUACACCAGCGAAAACCCCUGCAACCUCAAAGGUAGCAACUCCAUCAAAAUCCACUCGCUCAACUCCUGCAGUGACACCAAAAGCAACCCCAGCGAAAACCCCGAAGGCAAGUUCUGCCAAAACACCAAAAGCAACUCCAGUAAAAACGCCAAAGGCCACUCCUGUUAAAACACCUAAACCGACUCCGGCUAAAACUCCAAAAUCAACUGCUGGGUCUUCCAAAAGGAGUCUUAGCUCUGCUGAAAUCAGUCCAUAUGAAGAGCCAACCAAGAAACUUAUCGUGGAGUCUCCAGCCAUUGGGAAUAAAAACAAAUUGGCCGCCAUUCGAGUCUGCCACAAACCCAAAUCGCCAAGCAAGCCCAUGGACAUCCUGAAGUUCAAACCAAUGUUGGGCAAGGAUCGCAAAUCUUUGACACCAUUCAAGCCAAAAUUGGCUUUCAUGAAGUACUUGGAGGGAGCCGGAAAGCCUCUGCCCAAGUCAAGCCUUGCAGCGUCACCAAAGGUGAAUGUGACCCGCAAAAGCAGCACGCCAGCAGAUGAAAAUUCUCUUGAAGGAGUUGAUCAGCUGUUCAAAACUCCAUUCAAGAAAGGAACUACUAAAGUUGUCUCAGCAACCACCCCUAAAACGACUCCCAAGGCUGCCCUGAAGGCUACUCCCAAAACCACGCCAAAGGCAACCCCCAAAGCUACUCCAAAAUCAGCUGCUAAGGCCACUCCAAAAGCAACCCCAAAGGCUACUCCUAGAGCCACUCCAAAGGCUACUCCUAGAGCCACUCCAAAGGCUACUCCAAAAGCUACUCCAAAAUCAGCUGCUAAGGCCACUCCGAAAGCAACCCCUAAAGCUACUCCAAAAGCUACUCCAAAAGCUACUCCCAAAGCCACCCCUAAAGCAACUCCAAAAGCUACACCCAUAGCAGUUGCUAAAGCUACUCCAAAAGUUAGUCCAAAAGUGACUCCUAAAGCUACUCCUAAAGCCACCCCAAAAGCAACUCCCAAAGCCACCCCUAAAGCAACUCCUAAAGCCACACCUAAAGCAACUCCAAAAACUACACCUAGAGCAGCUGCUAAAGCUACUCCGAAAGUAGCGGUUUCAAAGGCAACUCCUAAAAAAUCCCAGGCAGCUACUCCUGCAGCAGCCCUUAAAGCCUCUCCAGCGCUGAAAGCCACAGCAUCUAAAACACCAGCAAAGGCAUCACCCUCAAAAACACCAGCUUCUCUGAGGAAGGGAGCAAUUUCAGCCAAAAAAUUAAAGCUUCUUAACAAGAAAAGCUCAUCUCCUGCCACCUCCAAAACUCCCCCGAAAUACAGUGAGGAAGGCACAAAAACAAUCGCAGCACUGUGGUCGCCAGGAGUGAGACCCGUUUACGCGAAAUCCCCCCUGAGUCCGAUCAGCCCAAUGUUGCUUGAUAGGCUGUUUGAUCGCUCAAGGAACAGUAGCAGCAAGCAAGUUUCAUCCACGCCUCUCGUGACCAAGACCAAAAUGCCUUCGCCUGCUCCGAAAUCUGCGCGAAAGUCAGGCACCCGCGUUUCAUUCAACGCUACUCCAGAUUCGUUUGAUUUCAACUCAGUGAAGACACCUAACGUUCCCAAAGAUAUCUUCGUUUCCCCUCUGUCAACAAGCCAGAGCUCAGCAGAAACGUCUGUUUCGUCGUCCAAGAAAACGCCCAAAGUCUUGGUCACCAAGAAGACUCCCCUUUCAAAGAAAUCCGCGAAGAAAGUUGCAUCUGCCUCGAAAUCAGCAACCCCUGCUUCCAGAACGAAGAAGAGUCUAGCUUUUCCUAGCCUUGCUUCUCCUGCUGUGGUAGUGAAGACCACUCCUCUCAAAUCCCCGAAAAAAUCACCUGUGUCUGCUAAAAAAUCGGCCAAAAAAACGCCCAAGAGUGUAAAGAAAACACCUGCGAAGACUCCUGUCGCAGUUUCCACCCCUGCACCUAAAGUUUUGCCCAAGACUCCAACCAGUGUAGCCAAGUCAUCCAGGAAAACCCCGGCUAAAACGCCUGUCAGUGCGCCAAUCAAAUCGCCAGUCUCUGCUAAAAAAUCAGUGAAAAAGACUCCCAAGAGUGUAGCUAAGGCUGUCAAGAAAACACCAGCCAAAACUGCUCCUGCAGCCGUUCCUGAGACCCCAAAGAGUGUGGCUACUCCUAAAGCCACAGCAAAAACACCUGCCAAAACACCUGCCAAAACACCUGCCAAAACUCCUGCCAAAACUGCCAAAACUCCCAAGAGCGUUGCUAAACCUGUCGCCAAAACGCCUAGUGCUCCUGUAACUCCAGUACCAACCCCUGUCAAAUCCACCAAGAAAGCGCCGGCACCAACCCCUGUAAAAUCCGCGAAGAAAGCGCCAGCACCAACCCCUGUAAAAUCCGCCAAAAAAGCACCUGCAGCAAAAUCACCGAAAAGUGCUGUAAAGAAAACUCCUGCUCCCAAAACACCCAAGAGCACUGCCAAAUCUGUCAAAAAGCCAGCUACUGCAGCUGAAACUCCAGUAGACAGCAGCGUAAGAGCCAGUCGCACAGCUAAAGUUGUCGCUCAGGUCAUGCUUGACACCACUCCUCUCAAAUCGCCCAAAAGUGCUACAAAAGUGACUACUCCGAAAAAGUCUCCCGUUAAGCGCAAAUCAGAAAGCCCUGUCAAGACAGCAAGCAAAGUCAGCAAAGUGGCUGAAGUUGCCGAAUCACCUAUUAAAUUCUCGCCAAAGCCGACGAGAGGCAAAAAAGCCGCUGCAGCAGUGAAGCGCAAAAGCGAUGCUAAAGUUGAAAGCAGUCCUGCCAAGAGUGCAAAAGUUGUAGCAUCGCCUGUCAAAGCAACAAGAACUACAAGAGGGGCCAAAACGGCUGCCCCCUCUGUGGGAACUGUGAAAGAGACUAAAGCACCAGCAAAAAAACCAGUCAAAGCUCCUGCGACAAAAGUUGCCGCAGCCAAAACAAAAGCUGCGCCUAAAGCUGCUUCUAAGCCUGUAGCAAAAUCAAAAGCAGCAGCAGCAAAAUCAACGAAGAAAGCUGCUGAACCAGCAAGCAAGCCUGCCCGAAGUGCCAAAUCUGCCGUUGCGGCAAAAGCCCCCAGCCCUGCACCCACUAAAUCAACAAGGAGCAAGAAGGUAGCCUCACCAAAGCCUGCUGCAUCAAAGAAAGCAGCUCCUGUAGCAAAGAAAGCAGCUCCUGCAGCAAAGAAAGCUGCUCCUGCAGCAAAGAAAGCUGCUCCUGCUGCAAAAAAAGCGGCUCCUGCUGCAAAGAAAGCGGCUCCUGCCGCAAAGAAAGCUGCGCCCGUAGCGAAAAAAGCUGCCCCUGCAGCAAAGAAAGCUGCGCCUGCAGUGAAGAAAGCGGCUCCGGCAGCGAAGAAAGCGGCUCCAGCAGCGAAGAAAGCAGCUCCAGCAGCGAAGAAAGUGGCUCCGGCAGCGAAGAAAGCUGCUCCAGCAGCGAAGAAAGCGGCUCCGGCAGUGAAGAAAGCUGCACCAGUAAAAGCAAAAGCCAAACCCGAACCACCGAAGAAGAAGGUGCCUGUUGCUGUGGUCAAACCAAUCAAAGCUAAGCCAGAAGCCGUAUCAAGUUCCAAGAAACCAGCUGCAAAGGCAGCCGCUAAAUCAAAGCCCGCGAAAGCUGUAGAAGCUCCAGCUCCUGCCCCAAGGGUUGUAAGGAAACCUACACUAAAAGCAACAUUAGUUGUGUCUAAAAGUAAAAAAGGGACAACGUCCAAAAAAGGAAAGAAAUAAUCAAACUGGCAGUCAAAUAUUUCUUCGUGAACGCACGAGUGAUUCAUCAUGUGAUCUCCUCUCCCAAAUACCUGUAUAUUUGAAUUUCAGAUAAGCUAAUUUAUUUUUACACAACCGACUGAUGUUUGUUAAGUGACAGCUCUAUCACUUAUCCCACUGUGUCAAUUGGAUAGGUCUCUUUGUUUGGAUUGGAUGUACCUGACUCCGGAAAUUGACCAAGCACAGUUCAAUCAAUACAUUUUAUUUUUAGAACUUUUAGAUCGACAAAUAUCAUUUGUUUUUCCAUCAUGACACAGACUAAUUUUUACCAAAGGUUUAUUUCAGUCUUGAGAGACUUGAAAAUUCUCUGCUUGAGGCAGAGCGCAUUUUAAAUUUUGCACAUAUUUCAAGAUUUGCGGACAAAGCGAAGACUCAGUGUAUCAUAGACUUUAAUUCAGCCAAGGUACCAAAAUAAUUGGUAUGAGGAAGUUCAUUAUUUGUGAUUCAUUACACUUGAUUAAUUAUGCUCCUUACAAAGGCUCCAUUCUAAAUUUUCGCCUCUCAGAGAUUUUGAUCCUGACUUGAUUUGUAAAUACAUUUCAUAUCAAGAUAAGGAGUUUUUACUUAUCUGUCCAUAUUGUCAGCUGGUUUUUGUUUUAAUUUCUAUCAAUUGUUCUUGAAAAAAUCAAUUUGCCCAAGCUCUGAAAACACGUUUUUCAAAAAUUUGAUUUUCGGUAGUUGGAAAGAACUCCACACUAUCAUCCAGAGUGUCCAUUGGGUCAGAAGAACGUCAGGAGAAAUUUUUUUUUCCUAGAAAUGUCAGGGAAUUCCACAUUAUAGAUACCAAUUUUUUUCGUUGUCCUCUUUGGCAUUUCUUCUAAAUGCAAGUUUUCAAUAACCGAUACAAUGGAUAUUGUACCCAACUGUAUGGUUGGGGUAUUGAUGGUGUAAAAUAUCAUGUUCUUUUUUUUUGUGUUAGAAGAAAAAAAAGAUCAGUAGAGAUAGCUACUUUUUUCAAUGCAUAUUUACAGAUUUUUUAUAGAAUUGAUCAAAAUCUCCGGUAAUUUUGGCUCCUAAACCUGAAACAUUUCUAGAAUUUAUUCUCCUGAAGUCUUUGGACACCUCUGUGAAUAUUGAGGCACGUAUUUUCAGACCAUGGCUACUGUUUUUCUAUGGAUCAUCGAUGACUUUUCAAGUUGGAAAAGAAAUCGAUUGUAUUGUCAAUUUAUCGUGAGAGAUUACCAAGAUGGAUUAACUGAAAAAUUUUCUUGUGUUUGCCUUGCGAAGAAUGUCUGUUUAAACAUGUAUUUAUAAUCUAUUCUUUGUUGAAAUUGACACAUCAAUUUUAUGUAUCAUAAUUUUAAGUUUUAAUGUCUAAAUUGUAAAUUAGUGUUUCCUGAAAAAUUCUGUUGAAACUGAGGCCUUCGAUAAUAUUCAGUUUUUUUUUCUUACUUUUUCAUUACUUUUACCAAACUCGUAGUGACAACUGACAAGUGUAUUUAUUUUGUCCCUUAGUGUAUUUCUUAACUCCUAACAACUGGUCAGAUCCAUCUCCUUUGCUUCAAAAUUUGAGGUGAGGAAAAAUAUCUUCCCAUCAGGAUAUGUAUGUCAUGCUUGAAUUAAUUUUCCUAAAUUAGUCAUGGAAUGAUUUUUUCCCUCUCUUUAUACACUAAUUUUUAAGUGAAAAUAUCGACCUUUUGCUGGAUUCUCUUAAAGUUUACACCUAUAUUUUAUUAUGCCUUUGUUGGCUUGAUGUAUGCGAGUAACACAUCCAAAUACACGGUUGAUUGAUCGAGGACUCAUUAUUAUUUUGAAAAUGACAGAGUAUCUUUGUAAAUUCAAUGAUCAUUUUUUAUGUAAGUUCUUGCCAAAGUCUUUCCUAUUAGAGCUCAUUUAUAUUUCUCCUCUCACCAAAAAGCGAAGUGAAAGAAAAAAAAGUCAGUCGUCGUGUCUUAUUGAAAACAGACUAACAGCAAUUUUUCUCUUCUGUAAAUUCAUGUGUUCUGAAUCUGGAAACUCAAACUAUUUUGUAAUCUUACGCAAGACAGGUUCAGCAUUUAUAAUAACGACGUUUUAUGGUGCAGGUGUUGAGUGAAUGCAGUUGGAAUUUUUUUGGUUUUAAAUCAUUUCUGUAUGGUAAAAAAAGAGCUGAAUUUUUGUCUGAGCCUUGACAUCUAGUUUUAUACUUAAUUGUUUUUUGGUCAUAGUUUUAGAAUUUUAUCCAAGUACCUAAUUAAUUGUAAGAGUAUUUUUAAGUAAGGUUAGGUUUUAGUUUAUAGAUGUGUAACUGGGGUUGAGAGGGUGAAAGUUUGAUAAAAAAAAUUUGUAACCGUCGAGUGAUCUAUUGAUGUAGCAAAGAUACAAGAUAUAGUAGCCAGUUAUAUUUAGUGGCCAUUUUACGCUCCAGUUCUUGAUACGACUUAGCACUGCUCAAUCGAAAACCAAUUUUCUCCUUUAUACAUCCUUACAAUUUAUCUUUUGCUUUUUUAUCAUAGUCGGGCUGGAUGAGAUGCUGGUCUUCUGAAAAUCAGAGGUUUCUAAUGUACGGAAGGGAAGUUUCCCUCUUGAGAAUAUGAAUUGGCAUGAAUUUUUAUAAGUUAAGAUCUCAAAAGCAAGAAUAUGCCAUAGCAAUACCUUCUGACCUAAGAUUUAACCAAUGGUUUUUCUAUCCGAGGAAAAAUUUCUAUUAUAUUAAUGUAUCUCUGUAAUCGCUUGGUGUGUAUGUUUGAAGGUGUGUCUUCAGAGCUAAAAAAAGAACGAUUUAUUGUAUGUAGUAAAUUUUUUAUUCUUCUAUCUCAUUUUAUCCCUGUUAAUUUCUUAAAGCCGAGAUCUCUUGAUAUGUAUUUAAUUUUUGAUACUGAAGUUACUGGGUAAUAAAUGCCUUUCUUGAAGAAA